AUGUCGCAGUUUUUCGAGAACCUCUGGAGUUCCAUCUUCACGCCGGGCCCCACCCCCACGCUGCUCGUCGCCACCAACGCCAGCUUCGCCGCCUUGCAGGUUGUCCUGUUCGCCCUCCUGCUGGCCACCUACAGCAUACACUUUGUCGUCCUGUCCUUCCUCUGCGGCGGUCUGUGGUGGGCGAUCAACUGGUUCGCAAACGAACUGCGCGAGGCGCAAGAGAAGGAGGACGCUGCGAAGAAGAUCCGGGAGCGACGCGACCGCGAGCGCGAGAAGAGCAGAGAAGCCGAUGACCUGGCCAGCGCGCGCGAGCCCGCCGUUGGCAGGGAGGGCGGCGAGGGCGAGGGCAUGGACACUGGUGACGACACCGAGACCGAGACUGAGACCGAAGUCGAUGUGAAGAAAAAGGCACCCGCCGCCGCACCGUCAUCCGAGCCCGGAGUUGCGGCUGGCUCGACGACGGGCGCGCAGUCAGCCCUCGUGUCGACAGCGGACGACGCGUUGAAGAAGAGGCGGAGCGUCGGAGAGGGAGCAGAGAGCAGCACGGACAGCGAGUGGGAGAAGAUCGAGCAGGAGAGAUAG